GAGCGCGGCGGCUGCGGUGCAGGCCGGGCCCGUUUUCCCGAAGGACACGAGGUCCCUGCUCUCGGCACCCCAGCGCUUGCUUGAGUGUGGGAGGCGUUUCUCUUUCGGUUCGCUGUCCCGUUCCUGGGGCAGCAUAUCCGGACCCCGCAGAGAUGUCGGGGUUCAGCCCGGAGCUCAUUGACUACCUGGAAGGGAAGAUCUCCUUUGAGGAAUUCGAAAGGCGGAGAGAAGAGAGAAAAACCCGCGAGAGGAAAAGUCUUCAGGAAAAAGGAAAGCUAUCAGCUGAAGAAAAUACAAAUGAUUCAGAAGUUCCAUCAUCAUCAGGAAUUGACUCUACCAAAUCUCGGGACAAAGAUGCCAAUGAAGGAGAAACAUCAGAUGGAGUUAGUAAGUCAGUUCACAAGGUCUUUGCUUCCAUGCUUGGAGAGAAUGAGGAUGAUGAGGAGGAAGAGGAAGAAGAAGAGGAGGAGGAGGAAGAAACACCUGAGCAACCCACUGCAGGCGAUGUGUUUGUAUUGGAAAUGGUUCUUAAUCGUGAAACCAAGAAAAUGAUGAAAGAGAAAAGACCUCGGAGUAAACUUCCCAGAGCUCUGAGAGGUCUCAUGGGUGAAGCCAACAUACGCUUUGCUCGAGGAGAACAUGAAGAGGCAAUAUUGAUGUGCAUGGAAAUCAUAAGACAAGCUCCUUUGGCUUAUGAGCCAUUCUCUACUCUUGCCAUGAUAUAUGAAGACCAAGGUGACAUGGAGAAAUCACUGCAGUUUGAGUUGAUUGCUGCACAUUUAAAUCCCAGUGACACUGAAGAAUGGGUUAGAUUGGCAGAAAUGUCCCUGGAACAAGACAAUAUUAAGCAGGCUAUUUUUUGCUACACAAAAGCUCUUAAAUAUGAACCUACUAAUGUCCGUUAUCUGUGGGAGCGAUCAAGCCUUUACGAACAGAUGGGAGAUCAUAAAAUGGCAAUGGAUGGUUAUAGGCGUAUUUUAAACCUUUUGUCUCCGUCUGAUGGAGAACGAUUUAUGCAAUUGGCUAGAGAUAUGGCAAAGAGUUACUAUGAAGCUAAUGAUGUUACUUCAGCUAUUAACAUAAUCGAAGAAGCUUUCUCAAAACACCAGGGCCUAGUCUCCAUGGAAGAUGUUAACAUAGCAGCUGAACUAUAUAUUUCUAACAAACAAUAUGACAAAGCUUUGGAGGUAAUUACGGAUUUUUCUGGAGUUGUGCUAGAAAAAAAAACUACAGAAGAAGGCUCUUUGGAAGAGAAUAAAGUUGGUGAGAAUGUUACCUGCACUAUACCUGAUGGCGUGCCAAUAGAUAUCACGGUGAAGUUGAUGGUCUGCCUUGUACAUCUCAACAUCUUCGAACCACUUAAUCCUCUCUUGACAACACUAGUGGAACAGAAUCCUGAAGAUAUGGGAGACCUCUAUCUAGAUGUUGCUGAAGCUUUUCUGGAUGUUGGUGAAUAUAAUUCUGCACUUCCUCUCCUUAGUGCACUAGUCUGCUCUGAAAGAUACAACCUCGCAGUAGUUUGGCUUCGGCAUGCAGAAUGUUUAAAGGCCUUAGGCUAUAUGGAGCGUGCAGCUGAAAGCUAUGGCAAAGUGGUUGAUCUGGCCCCCCUCCAUUUGGAUGCAAGAAUUUCACUUUCCACCCUUCAGCAGCAGCUGGGCCGUCCUGAGAAAGCUCUGGAAGCUCUGGAACCAAUGUAUGAUCCCGAUACUUUAGCACAAGAUGCAAACGCUGCACAGCAGGAACUGAAGUUAUUGCUUCAUCGUUCUACUCUAUUGUUUUCACAAGGCAAAAUGUAUGGUUAUGUGGAUACCCUUCUUACCAUGUUAGCCAUGCUUUUAAAGGUAGCAAUGAAUAGAGCCCAAGUCUGUUUGAUAUCCAGUUCCAAAUCUGGAGAGCGGCAUCUUUACCUUAUUAAAGUGUCAAGAGACAAAAUAUCAGACAAUAAUGACCAAGAGACAGCAAAUUGUGACGCAAAAGCAAUAUUUGCUGUACUUACGAGUGUCUUGACAAAAGAUGACUGGUGGAACCUUCUGUUGAAGGCAAUAUACUCCUUAUGUGACCUGUCCCGAUUUGAGGAGGCUGAGUUACUUGUUGAUUCUUCAUUGGAAUAUUAUUCAUUUUAUGAUGACAGACAAAAACGCAAAGAACUAGAAUACUUUGGUCUCUCUGCUGCAAUUCUGGACAAAAAUUUCAGAAAGGCAUAUAACUAUAUCAGGAUAAUGGUAAUGGAAAAUGUCAAUAAACCCCAGCUCUGGAACAUUUUUAAUCAAGUUACCAUGCACUCUCAAGAUGUUCGACAUCAUCGCUUCUGUCUCCGGUUAAUGCUGAAAAACCCAGAUAAUCAUGCCCUGUGUGUCUUAAAUGGACACAAUGCAUUCGUAUCUGGUAGUUUUAAACAUGCCCUUGGCCAGUAUGUGCAAGCCUUUCGUACCCAUCCCCAUGAACCUCUCUAUAGCCUCUGCAUAGGCCUAACCUUUAUCCACAUGGCAUCUCAGAAGUAUGUAUUAAGGAGACAUGCUCUAAUUGUGCAGGGCUUUUCCUUUCUUAAUCGAUACCUCAGUCUACGUGGUCCUUGCCAGGAAUCAUUCUACAAUUUGGGCCGUGGCCUUCACCAACUGGGGCUGAUUCAUCUUGCAAUCCAUUAUUAUCAGAAGGCUCUGGAGCUCCCUCCACUUGUGGUAGAGGGUAUAGAAGUUGAUCAGUUAGACUUACGAAGAGAUAUUGCCUACAACUUAUCUCUCAUUUAUCAGAGCAGCGGGAAUAUUGGAAUGGCUCAAAAGCUUUUGUAUACACAUUGUUCUAUAUAAGACACUUCAACAAAGAAAGGAGCAUGGGGUAGCUUUUGUACGUGGACCAGUAUUUUCUGUCUCAGGGCUUAUUAUUAACCCUAAAAGGGAAGCGAUAGUUUCAGAAUUAUCUAACUGUGUAUUUCAUAUUUAAUAUGUGAUAAUGAUCUUUUGGUAGAUAUGCAAAAGUUAUUAUUUCUAUAAGAAUUUGUAUAUUGUUUUGUCAUUUUCCCUUAGUGUUUUUUAGUAAAAUUGUCCCCAAAGCUAAAUGGACAGUAAUAACCUUUCAGUCAGCUUUGAGUCAAAUACACUGAUUUUUCACUCAUACCAUUUAUUUUUCUGUGCAUUUAAUACUAUAUUUUAAACACCUACUAUGUACCAGGCACUGUGAUAGGUGGUAAGAAUACAGUAGUAAGACAGAUGUGACCUCAGUAUCCUUAAAUACAGAAUUUGAGCAUAUGUCUAUGUGAAAAUGUUUGCUCCUUUUCUACAUCUGUCAUCAUUAUUGUUAGUCAUUAAUUUCUCAGAACUCUGUUACUACUGCAUGAAUAGUUUUUCAAAUACAUAGAAAAAGAGUUUGCUUAUUGAAGGAGAGACAAAUUGGGACUCUUUCUAAUGUCAACACAAUUAGGUAAUUCACUUAGCUCCUAACAAAAUUAUUUAAAAUGGUUAUGUGGUAGGAAGACAUAUAAUUGAGUUAAUUUUUAAAUUUUUCAUCUGUAUGUAUCUUAGCUACAUAGACCAACACCUGGGAGACUGGAUUUAACUUAAAAUAUCCUGCUAUAAGGCAAAUUAAAAAAUGCAUGAUCAGUGUUUGCCAAUGGCUUUUUUUGACAAAAAAAAUAGAAAAGGAAGGACUAUGUUCAAUAACAUGACCUCGUUUUCAUUUCAUGAUCACUAGAAAUAUAAGAAGAAUGGGGAAUUAUACAUACAGAAUAAAGUACUGCUUAUUAAAAAAUAGAUAAAAGCCUUUUAUCUCAAGUAUUGUUAUGUUCUUGAAUUUAGGAUAACAAUACUUGUUAGGUAUACUAUUGGUUUAAUAACAGCAUUUUAGAGUUUCUUUUUAGGGGAAAAUAAAUGUUAUAAUAUGCAUAUGGAUUAUAUACAUAUUAGACAUAAGACCCAGUCCAGUUAUAGUAGGGAAGUAUAAGACAUAGGAUCAAAAAAAUACAAUGAAGGCUUUUUAGGAAUUAUUACUACCAUUUACACUGUAUACAUAUCUUUGUAUGUAAUAAGCAAAUGUAUUGUUUCCUCUGUAUGUUUAUAUAUAUGUAUAGAUGUAAUUUAAAUAUAUUUAUUUUUAUAAUUAAAGUGAAUCGUUUCACAUCACUUAUAUGUAUUUUGUGACAUUUGCAUUUAAUGAUAAAGCUAACUGUGAUGCAGUAAUAAGAUUUAUGUUUUAGAAUCCAGUGGAAUUGAGUAGUCUGCGUUCAGAGUUUCUCUCUUUAAUUAAACUCAUUGGGCUGUGACUGCAGUAUCUGCUAAACAGCCGUGGAGGAAACAAUAAAUCUCUAGCAGUUUUCUAAGAAAAAA